AACUCUGUGUUAAACUCGGUGUUAAAGUUAACGAAAUGGUUAAGUGUUUUUCGAAAGUGUGUUAGGGUUUAACCAUGUGUUAACUCUGUGUUAACUUUAAUCCACCCCCAGUACCUUGGUUAAAGAUUUAACACAAUGGUUAACUACUAACGCAGUGAUUUCAAAAUGGCCGUUCGCUUGGCACUUCAGCCACCUCAAGACAAAAAAAGAAGCUUUCGAGCAGCUGUUGACCCUCUUCAAGGCUGGUCAGAUGAAGAAUUGCGGAAACGAUAUAGAUUUGGUAGGCAGGGGCUAAAUUUUUUAACAGAAUUGUUGGAAAAUGAUCUUCAGAGGCCAACAAGAAGAAGCCAUGCCAUAUCAGUCCCACAUCAAAUACUAAUAGCGUUAAGGUUUUAUAGCAGUGGGAGUUUUCUACAAGUUAUUGGGGACACUUUAGUUCUAACUCCCCCACCUUUGAAAAUCUUAGGAUUUGAGAAGAGCACCGUAUCCAAAACUGUCAAGGAUGUGACGGAUGCUAUCGUUGCAAGGGCCGGGCAGUUCAUCAAGUGGCCAGUAACAUCAGGCGCAAGGGCUGCCAUCAAGAAUGGUUUUUAUCUGCAGGCCCGAUUUCCAAAUGUAAUCGGCUGCAUCGAUGGAACACAUGUCCGAAUUGUAGCACCAUCAACAGAUGAAAAUGCAUAUGAUUAUACACAUAUGUUAAUAGGAAAGGCUUCCACAGCAUCAAUGUGCAAGCAGUCUGCGAUCACGAUGAGAUAG